AUGGGCGCCAGCGGGGGCGGGGAAGACAAGCCCUUCAAUUUCCUCCAGAUCCUCUGCGAGGGCGUCAUAGCCGGAGGAGCUGCCGGGGUCGUGGUGGAAACGGCGCUGUACCCCAUCGACACCAUCAAGACCAGACUUCAGGCUGCUCGAGCUGGAAGUCAAAUCCAAUGGAAAGGCCUGUAUUCCGGACUAGGUGGAAAUCUUGUCGGUGUUCUCCCGGCUUCUGCUCUGUUUGUGGGAAUAUAUGAGCCAACUAAACGGAAGCUACUGGACAUGUUUCCUGAAAAUUUGAGUGCUGUUGCUCAUCUUACUGCAGGUGCUGUUGGAGGGUUGGGUGCUUCUCUCAUUCGUGUUCCCACAGAGGUGGUCAAACAAAGGAUGCAAACUGGUCAAUUCAGGACUGCGCCUGAUGCUGUUCGUCUCAUAGUUGCCAAGGAAGGAUUUAGAGGUCUUUUUGCUGGUUAUGGUUCAUUUUUACUUCGAGAUCUUCCGUUUGAUGCCAUUCAAUUCUGCAUAUAUGAGCAACUUCGAAUUGGUUACAAGCUUAUGGCAAAGAGGGAGCUGAAGGAUCCAGAGAAUGCACUAAUUGGUGCUUUUGCCGGUGCGAUUACUGGCGCUAUAACGACCCCCCUCGAUGUUCUGAAGACAAGGUUGAUGAUUCAGGGGCAAACGAAGCAAUACUCCGGAAUCGUAAGCUGUGCUAAGACGAUCUUGAGAGAGGAAGGCCCAGGGGCAUUCUUGAAGGGCAUCGAGCCGCGAGUUCUGUGGAUCGGCAUCGGUGGGUCCAUCUUCUUCGGCGUGCUGGAGAAGACCAAGUCGGUGCUCGCUGAGCGGAGCAGCCGCAAGGCUGCGCUGGCGGAGAAGGACGAGUGA